GCCCGAUUGAGCUCGGAUUUAGUAGACAAGCCGCUUGUUUUCUAGCGGUGUUUAAUAACUCGAGCUACUGUCCAACGGCGGAGGCGCUGCCAAAAGCGAAACGACACAACGUUAGCCAUCAACGUCAGCAGUAUUCAUAAAUGAAUUACAGCGUAUUAUUAGCGAGUCAAGGCUAACGGUAAACUUGGCUAGCAGUGUGGAGAUGAGUCACUUAUUGUAGACUAUGAGUGUGGGUGAUGGAGGACAAUCAAUGUGGGGAUGUGGACUACCUGAUCCAAGAUGAGGACACCCUCAUUGAAGGCGUCAGCAACCAGGUCUUAUUUGUUGUGGUGCUCAGUGUCACCUUCCUCGCAGGCCUCCUCACUCUGCUCUGCAGACAAGAGCAGCAGAACAUUCAUCCUGAGAAUCAGGAGCACGUUCGAGCCGUCCGACAACAACUGCAAACAGAGCAGGAUGAAAAUCCUCAGGCAGAGGCCCGGCAGCAGUAUUACACCGACAUGUCUUGUCCUGUGUGUUUACAGCAAGCUGUUCUUCCUGUGGAAACAAACUGUGGACACCUUUUCUGUGGCUCCUGCAUUAUAGCAUACUGGAGGUAUGGCACCUGGCUGGGUGCUAUUAACUGUCCCAUCUGCAGACAAAUGGUGACAUUGCUAUUCCCGCUAUUUCAUGAGCACGCCACUCCUCAGAGGGUCCAGGAUGGCGAGGCAGAGCCUCAGCUUAUAUUACGAGACAUCAACGAUUACAACCGCAGGUUCUCAGGCCAGCCAAGAUCUUAUAUGGACAGGCUGCGAGAUGUGCCCACCCUGCUUCGUCAUGCCUUUAGGGAGAUGUUUUCUGUGGGUGGCCUCUUCUGGAUGUUCAGGAUUCGAAUUCUUCUCUGCCUAGUCGGCGCAAUCACCUACCUGGCGUCGCCACUCGACAUCCUCCCUGAGGCACUUUUUGGUCUCCUGGGAUUCAUGGAUGAUUUCUUUGUAAUCCUGCUUCUCUUUGUUUACAUCUCUAUCAUGUACAGGGAGGUGGUCACGCAGAGACUGAACGGUUAGGUGAUCACUCAUGAAAAAGGCCUCAGCAGCUGAGGUGGACAUGUAAAGACAGAAUACUUGUUCAAAGGACAGUUCAUUAACAAUGCCGGUUCUCUCAGAAGGGCUAACUUUAAAGCCUGGGCCGUUACAUUAUCACUGGAGAAGAGCUAGCUGAGGACUUAGCUCUGAAUGUUGACUCUGUAUAUACAGUUCAUCAUUAAUGGUUUAUAGGUUGAAUGUGGUCAAACCCAACAACAGUACAACAUAAGGAGAGCUGUGGAGGGAUGUGAUAUACUUUGAAUCAGACACUGCAGUAAGUCAUGGGCAGCCCUAACUGAAUGACUAGCAUAACUUCAAGCCAAUCCUCUGACAACCUUGCCAAAAGCAGUCAUUUUGUUAAUGUGCAUAUCAUCAUAAUUGAGACAGUGUUGUAAUGUAAUGUGAUCUUGAAUGUUCUGUCUUAAUUAUGCAUAUAAAGCUGGCUGCCUGCUGCGGUCAGGUUGUCACCUGCCAGACGAAGGAGCGUUGCAAGACCCAUCUUCCUGUUUGGUCAGUCACACGGAUGAUGCACUUAUUGAAGUAACUGGUGGCUAUGCACAUUUAUAAUGACAUGAAAAACACAGCUUUCAUGCUUUUCGUGAAAAUCACAGAAUCAUUUUACCUGCAACAGUCAAAUCUGAUGAAACCUGCAUGUAUCCAUGUGAAGCGACAAAGCACAAGACAAUGCUUAAUGAUUUCUCGAAUGGCAGAUUUUUAUUUCAGAAAUAAAGUACUCUUGAUCACAAAAAGAA